AUGGAUACAGGAGGCUCGCGAGCCCGCGAGAAUGGCUAUGAGAUUGGAAGAAUCCUUACCAACGAUAUCGAGUGGAGCCGUCUUCAGACAAGACGGCGUUUUGGACCAGCUACUGCCCAAGAGCCGGCUCCCCCGCCGGGAGACAGGAUAAAGAAGCUAGAGCUCUCGGGCAACAAGCUGCUGGCGAGGGAAGAGAAGCUUCUGGAUAUGUGGGCCAAGAAGCUCCGCGAUGAGCUACACGCGAGCUCGGCUCCUGUCCUGGAAAAGCUAGAAGGGAGCCUAGACCCUUCCCGUGCGGCAGAAAUGAUAGCGGGAAGGACCCGUGCUAGCACGCUAAAGAGAUACGUGGUGGUCUACCAGAGGUGGAGGCUAUGGCUUCAGGAGGCCAAGCUACUGUCGCCACCUGGCAGACCGAUAGAUCUGGUAGACUAUCUGCUAGUUUGCAGGGACGAGCCCUGCGGCCGCUCAGUGCCUGAGACGAUAAUGAAGGCUAUUUCGUGGUUCGAAAAGAUAGCGGAGUUCCGGCUGGAGAUCCGCGCUACAGAGGGCCGCAUCGCGUGGGCGACCAAGGAUAAGAUAGUAGAGAUGCUCUCUGAGGGGGCACCGCUAACCAAACGAGCUCCUCGGUACCCAACGUGGGUGCUAGUGAAGAUCGAGAGGCUAGUCCUGGAUAAGGAGGAGAUAGCCUGCCUACGGAUCUGGGCGCUGCGAUGGUCCGAUAUCCAGGCGAUAAAGCCGGAAGAGCUGCGCCUAGAGGAGGGGCGGCUAUCAAGGAGGACGAAGACCUCGGGCCCUACUCGUCGGAUAAAAGAGCUACCAGUCUGCGUCAGCGAGGUCUCCUUCUUCGAGGACCAGACCUGGAUAAAGACUGGCUUCGACUUGAUAAAGGAGAUGGCCCCCUUCGAAAGGGACUACUUGGUCCCAAGGAAGGUAGGGCUACCGUCCACAGUGCAAGGCUACUGGACAGAGCAUUCAGAGAGAUCGGUGCUUCCCACAGCACUGGCUAUUCUGGGAGAUGGUGGAAGCCGGAAGGCUCCGAUACCUACGUUCGCUCUUAUGGGGGGCGCGUGGCUAGUGAUGAGAGAGAUUGCAGCCAACCUGGUGGACUGGCUCCAAGAUAGGCGAAAGCUGGGUGAGGAAGCAGCCCGAGCGAUAGUGGACCCCCUGGCCCACCAUUGGAGGCACGGCCGGAUACUGACCGAUGUGGUCACCUUGAUACCGCAAGAGCCGGACGUCGCCGUGGAAGCGGAGGCCGGGAGUGAGGAUAGCGAAAGCGGCGAGGUGCAGGCUAGCUCCUCGAAAGUCGCUAAG